CUUACCCGGGGAGGAGCCUGUGGUCAUACUUUUCCCAGAAGGAAGAACCUGUGCAGAUCUGGGAAAAGGAAGCCAAAAUCCGGAGGCAAAGUUCACCUGCAAAGAGGAGCAGCUGCGGCGGUGUCCCUGGCUCCGCAGCGGGGAGAGACGCCGAAAUGGUAACCUUUGAGGAACAGACAAGGUGCAUUGUGGAAGCCUUGUUCUCUGACCUAGGGGACGAUGAGAGCGGCUGCCGGAGCCUGGAGACAGACUCGGGAGCGUCUGCGCAGCCUGCAGGAGAGCCUCUGACCGGGUUUGACCCAGUCGUGAUCGCCAGUCGCCUGCAGCGGAUCGGGGACCAGUGCAACAUGGAUUUUGAAAAGGUUUCCUCAGAGGCUCUUGCUGAAGUGCUCAAGGGAAAGAUGGAGAAGUUUGAGGCUGCCGUGGACUCCCUCAGCAGAAGCUGGAGUGACCAGAACCCAGGGAUGGUCUACGAGAGAGCUUUUCUCUCUGUUUCUGUGAAAUUGCUAAUGCACGUUGCUAAGAAAGUCCCAGCUAUGGUGCAUCCCAAGCACCUCAUACAAGCGAUUAAUGGAAAUUCUAAAGUGAGAAACUACAUUGAGGCCCACGGCGGAUGGGAGAACUUGGACAACUGAGAGAAAGGGCUGUACUACUUGCCAGAAAGUGAAACGGGCUCUUAAUUGAUUUAACUGGGAGAAAUGCUGCUGUCUUUCUUCAGAAGACUGCAGGCAGAACUCUACACAUAAGCAACAUGUAAAUGACGUUCUGGAUCGCUAAAAAUAAAAGUUAAUAAGUGUUUGUUAUUUA